AUGGCGCAACUCACCGGUGUUUAUCAAAGUGUUGAGCACGCAAUAGUCGAAGCCAUUCACAUUUUAACACCGUUUUCGGAAUAUUCAGAUGAUUCUGUUCGAUGUAAACAGAUUUUUAGUUUAGUUAGAGAUUCAACUAUUUAUAUCAACGGACAACCACAAACAGGAAACCAUAGAUUUACGAUAUUUUCAUCCGCUUUAUCGGGUAGGAGAUCAUCAGUCAAGUUAUUUCAAAAAGUAACAGAUCCAGAGAGACAUGGUGCUUGGUGGAAGCUUAAAGUCCCGUAUGAAGAAGCCCUUCGAAUAUGUCACUCGCUGAUUCUUAAAAACCCGCACCGUAGAGGUGAUAUUUUCGAAUGGCAAAGUAAUUUUGAUAUUGUUUCUGCUCCUCGCGAAGAAGAGAUAAGGAAUAGAUUCCUUUCUUUUGUCCCGCUUUGCAUGGUUACGGAAGAACUCCAAGACUCAAAUGAAGAGUGGGAAAGCAAAAUCAACGAAAUUAAAGAGAAAAUCGAAGUUCAAAAGCAAAAUUCAACACCAGAAACUCUCCAAAACUUACAGCAGCUUAUACAGCUCCAAUCAACUGUUUCAGAACUCAGACGAAAUAGAAGAAGAAAUGAUUUCGAUUUAAACGAUGGGCAUCAGCUACAAUUCUUCUAA